ACACAUCCGAUUCAGCCAGCCUUUCUGUCUGCUGGUGCCCCGGCCGCUGUCCGAGCCCCGCCCCGCGGGUUCGCACGUGGCCCCCGCCUGACCCGGCGCCCGGAGGCGGAGUAGGGCGGGGCGGGAGGCAAACGCAGCACUUUCACGGCUUUGACAAGCCCGCAGCGGCCGGGCCGCAGCGCUGAGCCGGGCCGACACUGCGCCAUGCAGGAAGCGCCAGCCGCGCUGCCCACGGAGCCAGGCCCCAGCCCUGUACCUGCCUUCCUCGGCAAGUUAUGGGCGCUGGUGGGCGACCCCGGCACCGACCACCUGAUCCGCUGGAGCCCGAGUGGGACCAGCUUCCUUGUAAGCGAUCAGAGCCGCUUCGCCAAAGAAGUGCUGCCCCAGUAUUUCAAGCACAGCAACAUGGCGAGCUUUGUGCGUCAACUCAACAUGUAUGGUUUUCGGAAGGUAGUGAGCAUCGAGCAGGGUGGCCUGCUUAGGCCGGAGCGCGACCACGUCGAGUUCCAGCACCCGAGCUUCGUGCGUGGCAGGGAGCAGCUACUGGAGCGCGUGCGGCGCAAGGUGCCCGCGCUGCGCAGCGAUGACGGUCGCUGGCGCCCUGAAGACCUUGGUCGGCUGCUGGGCGAGGUGCAGGCUUUGCGGGGAGUGCAGGAGAACACUGAGGCGCGGCUUCGGGAGCUCAGGCAGCAGAACGAGAUCUUGUGGCGGGAAGUGGUGACACUUCGGCAGAGCCAUGGUCAGCAGCACCGGGUCAUUGGCAAGCUGAUCCAGUGCCUCUUUGGACCGCUUCAGGCUGGGCCCAGUAGUGCAGGAACAAAGAGAAAGCUGUCCCUGAUGCUGGAUGAAGGGAACUCAUGCCCAACACCUGCCAAAUUCAAUGCCUGCUCCCUGCCUGGUGCCCUCCUGCAGGACCCCUACUUUAUCCAGUCGCCCCUCCCAGAGACUACCUUGGGUCUCAGCCCUCACAGGGCCAGGGGCCCCAUCAUCUCUGAUAUCCCAGAAGACUCUCCAUCCCCUGAAGGGCCCAGGCUUUCUCCCUCCAGUGGUGGCAGGAGGGAGAAGGGCCUGGCACUGCUCAAAGAAGAGCCGGCCAGUCCAGGGGGGGAUGGCGAGGCCGGGCUGGCCCUGGCCCCAAACGAGUGUGACUUCUGCGUGACAGCCCCCCCACCGCUGCCUGUGGCUGUGGUACAGGCCAUCCUGGAAGGGAAAGGGAGCUUCAGCCCUGAGGGGCCCAGGAGUGUCCAACAGCCUGAACCAAGGGGCCCCAGGGAGGUACCUGACAGGGGACCUCUGGGCCUGGAGCAGGGUAACAGGAGCCCAGAGAGUCUGCUGCCUUCGAUGCUGCUUCGGCCUCCCCCUGAAAGUGUGGAGCCUGCAGCACCCCUAGAUGUGUUGGGCCCCAGCCUUCCAGGGCGAGAAUGGACCCUGAUGGACUUGGACAUGGAGCUGUCCCUGAUGCAGCCCUUGGUUCCAGAGAGAGGUGAAGCUGAGCUGGCAGUCAAGGGAUUGAGUUCUCCAGGUCCAGGAAAGGAUUCCACGCUUGGGGGCCCACUCCUGCUGGACGUCCAGGCAGAUCUGGGAGGCCCAGCCCUGGCUGUGCCCGGGGCUUUGACCAUUUACAGCACCCCUGAGAACCGGACCUCCUACCUGGACCCAAGGGCCAGUCCCUCCCCCUGAGACCCAUGAGCCUCUGAAGGGAUCUUUUGAUGUCCCCUGGGGACAGGGGUGAGCCUAUCCCCCACUACUUAGCGGCCUCUCUCCAUUUACCCCCAUCAGAGCCGUGCACAUAAACUGCAUCUUUUUCUGUG